AUCGCGCUGAAGCACCACGGAUAUGUUCGCAGAGAAACCCUGGGGUAAGCGCCCUUACUGGGGGGUUGGGUUCAACUACGACCAUCAGUGGGUGCUGACAGAUAAACAGAGGGAACUGCAGGCCAAGCUGAUGGAGCUGUGUCGAACGACGAUGCGACCAAAUGCCGUAAGAUAUGACGAGACAUAUGAAUUCCCAAGAGAAAACUUGAACGCCAUGGCGGAGCUGGGGCUGCUGGGAUUGAUUGCACCGAAGGACCUCGGCGGGCUGGGCGAGAACCACGUGUGUGCCGCCAUGGUGGUGGAGACUAUUGCCCGUUAUGGGUGCCCCAGUACUGCUAUGGUUUACUGUAUGCACGUUGGAGCAGUGGCUACUCUCCUACUACGUUACCAUAACAACAAACUCAUCAAAAGUGUCCUCCAACGUUUGAACAAAGACAAGCUGGUGGGGACUGAGUCUUUUAGUGAUCCCGCUACGGGUGGACAUUUUUGGUACCCACUGUCCUCUAAGAACCGGUAUAACAAGGAUGGCAGGUUCCAGAUGUUAAAGUACGCCUCCUGGACAACCAGCGCCGGAUUUGCAGACUUCUACGUCGUUCAAACCAUUAGCCCGGGCUUUGGCGGCGACUACUCCGACCUCUCCAUAUUUCUACUGUUCCAGGACGAGGUUCGUGCCCACGCUGACGACUGGAAAUCCCUAGGUCUCCGUGGUAACCAGUCUGGCGUACUUAUAACAGAGGGCGUACUUAGUCAAGACAGGCAGGUUGGAGAACUCGGUGAAGGUGCAGCCAUAACUGAUGAAAUUGGCGACCCGUGGUUCUUGCUACUGACUGCCUCCUGUUGGAACGGUAUAGCCUUUGGUUGUAUCGAUGUUGCUUGCAAACAUGCCACGGAGAAGGACCACGCUGACACCGGACUUCGAGUUUGCGACUAUCCCACAAUCCAGGACUACUUUGGAGAGUGCAUCAUAGACACGAAUGCUUGCCGAGCCUUCGUUUUCAAUGUGGCUCAUGGAAUGGAUUUGGCAACCAAUAAUAAUGAUUGGACCAUCCAUAGUGACCCCAAGGUCAUGCCAAGAUCAGACUUCCUGCACUGGUGCUGGCAGAUAAAGUUUGCAGCGGCCAAAAAUGUCGGACAUGUUUCCGAUGUAAUGCUUCACGCUUGCGGUGGUUCUGGAUACAAAACAGAAUUGGGCAUUGAGCGUCUUCUCCGAGACGGCAAAGCCGGCUGGGUGAUGGGUCCGAGCAAUGAGGUCACACGGCAGUGGGUAGGAAUCACGGCUCUCAUGGGCAUGGAGCAGCUGGAUUUAUGGUCACAGAAAACAAACAAGCGCCUUCUUAACUACGAGUUAAAGAAGCUGAAACCGGAAGUAAAGAAGGAGCUUGCGCACAAAAUGCUGAGGGAGUGUGAGCAAGAGCUGGGCCAAGACAGCGGCACGGCGCCAAACCAAGACACCGACUUCGACGACCCUUUCUCCACAUCUGCCGCCCUGCCUCUCGGCGCUUUCAAAGACCCCGCCGGUAAAGUCCACCUUGCUGCUUUAAACGCCGAUACCUUUACCAGCCUAAAGCUAACAGAGGUCAUCCAAGAAGCAGACAAAGUCCAGAGACUAAGAUUCGCUCUGCCUGACCCAGAAGCCCACUCAGGUUGUCUGCCCGGUCAGUAUGUGCAAGCACGUGUCAAUGUUGGCGGGAAAUUCCACGAGCGUUAUCUGUCGCCCAUGAGUGCUCCCAGUGCGUUUGGUGUGAUUGAGUUCGGGUUGCGGUUGGAGACGCAUGGCGCGUUCUCCAUCGCUGUUAAGAAUAUGAAAAUCGGAGACACUCUAGAAUGCCGAGGUCCAUGUGGAGGUUUUGAAUAUUCCGCGGGAAAACUGGAUACUUUGACCAUGAUAGCCACCGGAGUUGGAGCCACGCCUGCCAUACAGCUUAUCCGCAGCAUCACCAACGACCCCUCCGACACUACCAAGGUCAAGUUCUUCUACCACGCCAAGACGCCGGAGCAGCUCUUAUGCCUUGAGGAGCUCACAGCACUUGGGAAACGCGACAGUCGUUUCGAUUUCACCUUCUGCGUUAGCGAGUGUGACGAUUCCUGGACUGGGACCGAGGGACUUAUCGACGCCAGCACCUUGAAACCGUUCCUGCCACCCGCCAACGGCAAGACCAACAAGACCAUCAUCUGCACUGGUCCAGCAGUCGUAAUCACUACCCUGUCCGCCCUUCAUGAGCUUGGAUACAAGAGCGAUGGCAUCUACAUCUAUGGGCCUUUUGGAGUCGAGCUGAUACGUGCCGUGUAUGGCCAAAAAGCCAAACUUGCAACGCAUUUGCCCUGCUAGACUGUAUGUUAAUUGAGGACCACAAUGUGGUCUUCCCUUUAAGGUCCCAUAUUUUGUCAUCCUAGUUUAUAUUCGUAGUUGUCUUCUAAAACAAAUAUUGGCUUACGUAUUAACCACAUUUUGCAUAAUCUGUUGUUUAAAAGAAGUACUUCCAACCAAUUUAUCUCACACCUUUUUGUGAAAAGGGAUCCCAGGACUGAUUUUAAACACCUUCACAAAUGAGACAUGAACAGUUGCAAAAACAUUUUGUAAAAACAUUUAAGUGGAGUCAAUCAAGUGAAAUUGCCUCCAUUCAAAAUAUACACUGGAUAUGUUAUUUCCCCGAGGAAGAUGCUCUAGUUUAUGAAGACUUUAUACAGACAUUAAAAUAUUGGAGGUAAACAACAAUGACAAUAUUAGCCGUUGAUUGAAGAAAAAUUACUAUUUUAUUCAAUAUGAUUGUUGAUUGAAGAAAAAUCAUUACUUUCUUGUAACACAGCUAAUGAAAUUAUCUUACAAGUAUUUUCAGAUCUUAUGAGCAGCACAACAGCUUGGUUUACAACUUGCUAUUGCUUCAAGCAACCCUUUUAAAUGUUUACAUUCAUAUUGAGGAGGCAUCCAUUUGGUACAUAUAUAUGUAACAUGACAUGCAUGUGUCAUGUUACAUAUAUUAUGUAACAUGACACAUGCAGCCCGGUGUGACAGGAGUGGUAGUCCUUAGGAAUGGAAGUGCAGGGUACCAUACGUUAUAACGUUAAAAGUACAGGUUAGGGUUAAUUGGAGUAUGGGGUUAGUAUAUAGGACGAAUAUCAACUGGACAAAGUAAUGGGUGGAACUAUGGUUCCAAGCGAACUAGCAUUCCUGCCACACCGUUGUGACGAAACAGAGAGGCUUCAAAACAGAGAAUGCACUGCCCAUAUAAUUAUACAGAUUAGUGUUAACCUGACGUAUGUGGGUCAAAAUCUAGGGUGUGACGUCCCUGUACACAUUAAUGGGAACCGGACCCUCUAUCAUGGGGGAAUCUCUGUCACGUCUGUCACACCUGUGACAACUACAUAUAAAACACACUUUACUGCAUGUCACUUAUAUCAUUAUAAACAUAAGUAUAGGUCGCUUAUACCAAUUAUGUAACAGCAAGAAGGUAUUUUAGUACUCAAUCAACAGUAAAUCGUAGGUUUGGGA